CAGCUAUAAAUCAGGAGAGGCGCUGUGUGUUAGCUCGUGGAACACACACGACACGACCGUAUAGGAGUAGUCGUGUAGCAGCUAGCUAGCUAGCAAUGGCGGCUUCUUCUUCUUCUUCUUCCUCUCUGGCGGUGGUGGUGGUGGCGGCGGCGGUGGCGCUGGUCGCCGGCGGCGGCGCGGCGGUGGCGCAGCUGUGCGAGGAGUACUACGACUGCACGUGCCCCGACGCGUACGACAUCGUGCGGCGGGUGCUGAUCGAUGCGCACCGGAGCGACGCCCGGAUCUUCGCGAGCCUGAUCCGGCUCCAUUUCCACGACUGCUUCGUGCAGGGGUGCGACGCGUCGCUGCUGCUGGACAGCGUCCCCGGGAUGCCGUCGGAGAAGACGUCGCCGCCCAACAACAACUCCGCGAGGGGAUUCCCCGUCGUAGACGACGUCAAGGCCGCGCUCGAGGACGCCUGCCCCGGCGUUGUCUCCUGCGCCGACAUCCUCGCCCUCGCCGCCGAGAUCUCCGUCGAGCUGUCAGGUGGGCCCGGGUGGGGAGUGCUGCUGGGGCGGCUCGACGGCAAGACCUCCGACUUCAAUGGCUCCCUCAACCUGCCGGCCCCCACCGACAACCUCACCGUCCUCCGCCAAAAGUUCGCCGCCCUCAACCUCAACGACGUCGACCUCGUCGCCCUCUCAGGUACUCGUAUCACUUCUCCGGCGAACUCAAUUUCAGUUCUGCCGUCAUGCCCGCCGGAGCUGACGACGACGACAAUAAUGCGAAAUGCAGGUGGGCACACGUUCGGGAGGGUGCAGUGCCAGUUCGUGACGGACAGGCUGUACAACUUCAGCAACACGGGGAGGCCGGACCCCACCAUGGACGCCGCCUACCGGAGCUUCCUGUCGCAGCGGUGCCCGCCCAACGGGCCGCCGGCGGCGCUCAACGACCUGGACCCGACGACGCCGGACACCUUCGACAACCACUACUACACCAACAUCGAGGUCAACCGCGGCUUCCUCCAGUCGGACCAGGAGCUCAAGUCGGCGCCGGAGGCGACCGGGACGACGGCGCCCAUCGUCGACCGCUUCGCCACCAGCCAGGCCGCCUUCUUCCGCAGCUUCGCGCAGUCCAUGAUCAACAUGGGCAACCUCUCCCCUGUCACUGACCCUUCCCUGGGUGAGGUCCGGACCAACUGCAGAAGGGUCAAUUAAUUAUCACUUCAUGUAUGACGUUGGUUAGUUUAAAAUUGAAGUAACCAACGUCAUCAUGUCAAACAUAAUUAAUUACGUAUGUGUCGAUUAUUAUUGUUGUUAUUAUUAGCAAAAUGAGAGAGAUUUAUUUGUGCAUAGUUAAUUAAGCGCGCUUGCAUUUGUGAGAAAUAUUAGUAGUCCAGCUUAAUUAAUCAAGGAGAAGAGGAUGGAAAAAAGAAUGUACAUGUGUUCAAUUUGGAUGUGUGAUCAAGGAUCUAUUAUGAUCACGCGCAUCCAGCUUAAUAAUUGGCCAAUUGGUUGACCAAUGUAAUUGUACGUACCAUGAUUGUGUUUGUUCCAAAUUAAAGGUGCAAUAAACGGUUUACAUGUUUGAUUCCA